AUGUAUGAAAUUUUGGUAAUCUUGAGAUAUAAUUUUAUAUCAGUAACUUUAUUUUUUAUAUCGAUUUUUGGUGCAAACGUAGAAGCUGCAAAAAUAUUAGCUGUGUUUCCAGUACCAUCGAUAAGUCACCAAAUAGUGUUUCGGCCGCUCACACAGGAAUUAGUUCGGCGUGGUCAUGAGUUAACUGUAAUAACUCCAAAUCCAGCCUUUUCCAAAGGACAAGCUCCUCAAAACCUCAUUGAGAUUGACGUUCAAAAUAUAUCCUACGCAGUUAAGAAUACGAUUAUGGAGAAAGUGAGUGAAAAUAAAAACAGUCUAUUUAAACAAAUGAUGUUACUCUCAGAGUUUUUUUUAAAAGUGUUUGAGGUGCAAUUGAAAAGCGAAGAAUUCCAAAGGAUAUUGCGUUUGGACAAGAAUUAUUUUGAUUUACUUCUUAUAGAAGCAUGUGUAUCUGGCACUCUGGGACUAUCGCAUGUAUUUAAGGCUCCAGUUAUUCAAGUUAGUUCCUUAGGCGCAUUAAUGUUAAAUCAUCAAGCUAUGGGUAUUCCUAUGCAUCCAUUUCUUUAUCCUGCAUCUAUACGAACGAGAAUAUAUAACCUUACUGUAUCAGAAAAAUUUAGUGAACUUUUGGGCAUAGCUUUUUCAAUGUACAUGGCGGAUUACACAGAAAACGAAUAUAAUCAAUUGUUGCGUGAAAACUUCGGCAUUGAUGUGCCUACUAUAGCAACCUUGACAAAUAAUAUUGAUAUGUUGUUUCUGAAUACCAAUCCCAUAUGGAGUGGUAGUUAUCCAGUACCACCGAACGUUGUUUUUAUAGGAGGAAUACAUCAAAAUAAGAUCAAGGAACUGCCAAAGGACUUAAAAUCUCAUCUUGAUUCGUCUAAAAAUGGAGUAAUUUAUGUUAGUUUUGGCUCCAACGUGAAAAUGGAUAUGUUCUCUCCAAAAAUUAUCAAAAUUUUAGUAACAGUUUUUUCCGAACUUCCUUAUGAUAUUUUAUGGAAAUGGGAUCAAGACAAACCUCCGCGACUACCAGAAAAUGUUAAAAUUGCUAAGUGGUUUCCUCAAGCUGACUUACUCCAGCAUCCUAAAAUAAAGUUGUUUGUCACACAAGGUGGACUUCAAUCAACCGAUGAAGCGAUUACAGCUGGUGUGCCGUUAAUUGGUUUUCCAAUAUUGGCAGAUCAGGCGUACAACGCUGAGAAAUACGAACAUUUUAAUAUUGGCAUGAAGCUUGAUAUAGGAAAAAUAACCAAAGAACAACUUAAGAACUCAAUACUUAGUGUUAUUGGUAAUGUAGAGUGA